AUCGACUUGCUCAAAUGAAUUUAUACACCCACACGAAAUCGAAUUUCUGUCUAUAUUCUCGGUGAUUUUACCUAGCUGUUUUCCCAAGGACCUUGGCUAUAUGCUGACAUGUCUAAAAUGAUUCCGUGCAAACCCAAACUAGUUGGUCCCGAUGGACUGAUCAUUAGGAAGCGCUUCGCACGACAUCCCGUCGUGAUCUCGGCCAAGCGCUUCGCGGCGAUCAAGGGACGAUCUCGGCAGGACGAGAAGCAUGCCCAGAUAGAAGCCGUUGAGGAGGAGCGGCGAUACCGCCAGUACCUUAAGGAUGGCAACGAUCUACUGUGCAGUUUGUUCACGGAUCCCACGGUGCCCAAGGACCAGGUCCUACGCCGGUUCACAAGCACGGAAAUUGUGAGUCCCAUCAAGGAGGUGCCCACCAAACUGGCCGACGAGCGACUGCGCAAGCAACGUAUCAUGCGGGCAAAUAAUUUGCUGAAUCAGCUGAAGCCCGGACCGCGAGCCCUGCACCAGGCGCUGCUGGUCAGCGAAAUGAUUCAUCAGCGGAAGUACAACGAGGAUCUCAACGAGGAGAUCGCCGCGGCGGCUCGGGCCCAGGAGAAGGCGGACGAGAAGCUAUGCCCAGAGGCCCUGGUGCCCUUCGGCCAUGUCACGGAGGAGGAGGAAAAGGCCAAGGAAGCGGAAAAGAACCAAACUUAUGCCAAGCUCAUCCGCGAGGAUAUUGCAGAGCGGGAGAAGCUCAGGGAGGCGGCCAGAGAGCAGAAAGUCUUCGAGGAGCAGGUGGACCGCGCCCAGUACAAGUGCCUGCAGGAAAAGGAGGAAAAGGCCCUGAAAGAAAAGAAAGCCAAGAAGAUUGCCUUCUACCGCAAAGCCUAUCGGGAUGCCAUCCAGGAAAAAGCCGAGAUCGCAACUCAUGAAAAGAUUUGCGAUAAAAUCGACGACCGACGCAACUGCGUCUACACUGUUGCCACUCGCAACCUGAGCACCCGCUACAACACCCACGUAAACGAAAUGCGGAAGAAAGAGCAUGAGGCUCGGGCGGCGCAGGGGUUGCGCGUUUUCCAAGCCCAGGAUGUUUCCAAGCGGGUGCUGGCGGAGAAGCAGGCCGCCACGGAGGAUCGCUAUGAGUUCGAGGUGCAGGUGGACGAGAACCGGCGCCAGUGCGAGCGCCAGGAGCUUGCCAAGCAGCGACGAGCCUACCAGCUGGAGGAGAAGAAGCAGGGGGAGAAGAAAUACCGGCAGGAGCAGGAGGUGCAACGCUUCCAGGUGGCGCGGCGCCUCAAAAAUGACGAGGCAAACCGUUACUUUGAUGCGUCGCAAAAGCGCCGGCAAGAUAAAGUUAAGGAGGAUCUGCGCAAAGUACUCUUCGGCCAGCGGGACGAGUUCCUCGAGAAGCGACGUGCCGAACUUAUGAACAUGACCGCCUGUAACGAAGACUUGUACCUGGCGGACGACAAGAAGUUCUUCGAGGAGGCCGUGGAUAUUAUGGAGAAGUCACGCAAGGUGGGCCGACCCCUAUAUCCCAUAGCCACUGCCGUGAAGCGCUACCAGAAGCAGAAUCAGCUGGACAUGCAGCCGGAGGGCAGGCUGGUGAAGCGUAGCCAGCUAAGGGACUCCUGCUGGCCGGGAUACUACUCCAAAGCGGAACUGGCCUACCGCAAGUACGAGCAUCGUGAGAAGUGCCGCGAGGAGUUGGUUGCUGAUCGCCACCAGAUCUAUUGCAACUCCGUAAAAAUCGAUAAACUGGCCGAAGUGGAGAGGCCCUACCAGCCUUGCGUGCCCUCCUGUCCCAUCAACUGCUUCCACCGUCGUGGCGUCCCGGCCACCGACAGCCAGGACAACUUCGACUACGACCGAUACGUUUGUUACGAGGAUCCACCGACUGUGGGCGCCUGUCCCGGGCCCAUGCAGGUCAUCCACAACGAUCCAUUGGACAACACCCGCAAGAUCAGCCAGACAUCUAUUAAGCUGCCCCCGAUGCCAGACAUUCCCAAGCGGGACAACACGGCGAUGGAUAAAUUUCGGAACACGGUUGAAAAGUUGGGCGUUAAACCUAAGCUGAUGCCCGCCGUCACAGAGUCACAGACUAGCUUAACAAACUACCCGACGCCGGCUGCUCCGACAGAACAACCCCAGAUCAAGACAUCUGACUCACCUGCAGCUUCACCUGGAUCGCCUAAAGUCCCCGUUCCAUUACCCAAAUCCCAGCCACCGCGUAGGCGCCAGACCGUCGGUACAGUGAAAGGGGGACGCGGCGCCAUCACCUCGAAGCCAGUUGCUCAGCUCAUGGGCAACGAUAGGCCCGCUCCCAUUCCCAAUCCCGCGGGAACCUGGGGCGCCGGAUCCCUGCCGGCACUGCCCACAAAAAAGAUAUCAAAGUAACGUCCUGACAAGAGACUCUGACAAAAUUUACGUUUCAAUGGCUUGUAUUGUAUUGAUGUUGACCAUUCGCGAGUGCAGAUAGAAAAAAUAAAUGUAAAAAAAGGAGAGUUGAGGGAAAGUCACCAGACGACGGCA